AAUAUCACUAUGCCAUCAAGGUAACAAUAACUAAGGUUUCAAACUAACCCGGCACUUGGUUUAAUUUGUUAUUGCAAUCCAAUACAAAAAGUAAAAAUGGCUGCUACUAUGCCUAUUAAUCCCAAACCAUUCCUUAACAGUUUAACUGGUAAGCCAGUAAUGGUGAAAUUAAAGUGGGGACAUGAGUAUAAAGGCUAUUUAGUAUCUGUGGAUGGUUAUAUGAAUUUACAAUUGGCUAAUGCUGAAGAACAUAUUGAUGGUUCCUGCACUGGUAACUUAGGAGAAGUUCUUGUCAGAUGUAAUAAUGUAUUAUAUAUCAGAGGUGUAGAGGAAGAAGAUGAGGAAGGAGAAAUGAAAGACUAGAACAGAAUUAUUUGAACUAAGUAUUGUGUGAUUUUUUAAUGAUCACAUCACUAUUUAUUUUGUUAGACCUAUUCUGUAUUUUUUUUUAUCCCAAAAUUAUCUUGUAUGCAAUUUACACAGGUUAAUAAAUAAUUUGAAUUGUCAAUUUGUUUGCUUACAUUUACGAUGUACGUUAAAUAAAUAUAUUUUUUAUAUUAAAUACUUCAACA